UAUCAAGAGAGCCUUCAGUUUAGUUUUUAGGGUACGUACGUAUGAACACCUCACUUGAUACAGAUUCAUAGGUCAUUGCAAUUCGUAAACAAGAAGUCGACAGGGAAGGGCAGUCAAUAAGAAAUUGGUUUCUUGAAAAUAUAAUCUCAAAAUGCCUGCAUAUCAUUCCAAUUUAUCUGCUCCAACUCAACUUUGUAAGAUGGCUUUAUUACCAAUCAACACAAAAUUUAAAGGACCGGCUCCUCCAGGCGAUGGAAAUACUGAUAUUAUUGAUGAAACUCUUCAAUAUUUUAAAGCAAAUGUUUUCUUUAAAAAUUAUGAAAUCAAGACUCCUGCUGAUCGUGUGUUGAUUUACUUGACAUUAUAUGUGACUGAAUGCUUAAAGAAGUUGCAAAAGAUUGGAUCCAAAGAAGAAGCUAAGAAGGAAAUGGCAACAAUGUCUAUUCUUAAUUUUGAUAUACCUGGUGAUGCUAAAUUUCCAUUAAAUGCUUUAUAUGGAAAACCGCAGGACAGAAACGAGGCUGAUCAAUGCAGAGCAUACAUGACUCAAAUGAGGCAAGAACUUGGUCAACGUAUUGUCGAAAAAGUAUAUGACCCACAAACCAAUAAACCUUCAAAAUGGUGGAUGUGUUUUGUUAAAAGAAGAUUCAUGGAUAAAUCGCUUUCUGGACCUGGAAUGUAAAAUAGAGCGCUGUAUUUUGUCUUGGUGCGACAGUUACGAAAGAGCAGUGUUUAGUUUGUAAUUUUUUGUGUACCCACGUUACUUCAAAUAUCAGAAUUUUAGGAAAAAAGAAGGUCAAUCAAACGUGCUAUUUUCAAUUUUUUAAUUGCAUUUUGAGAUUGUUUUCCGACGACUUCCAUUAAGCUUUGUAACAAGAAAUGCGUUUUUAUUCAAGUUUCGAAGCUCGUAAAAUGUGAUUUUUGUAUUCUUGUUAUUUUGUAAAUUUUAAUAAUCAUGUAAUAAAAAUUCUGUUCUA